ACCAGCAGUAGUAAUAAAUAAUAAGCCCUAAAUUAAGCCCUAAAAAUGAAAAUAAGAAUAAAAGAACUGGCAGAGUGAGAAAAGCUAAUCUAGUCCAUUCCUGACGCUACAAACAAGGUUUGGUUGCCCCGAUAUGAAAGUUUACAUGUGUUUCAUAGCAACUAUCACUUUCAAUGGUGGAUUUAGUGUCUAGGACAAGAGCCCAAGAAGGCCAGGACUUUGUCUAUCGUGUUAACUGUUGGGUUCUCUGUGCCCAGAACAGUGUCUUGCUCCCAGUAGAGUGAAAGAAUGGACCAACACCGUCAUGUCAUGGAAGAGACUGGCCGACCUGGCUAAGGUUGUGCAGGGCUCCCAGGAGAGCUGGGGCACGAACCAAGGGCUCCUCGGCAGCCAACACUCAGAAUUAAAUCGAGGCCCAGCCCUAAAGUUCGGUGAUUCCGGCAGGAGCACAGGUAUCCAAUAAUAUCGGCGUCAGCAUUCCCACCGGGUGGCCUAAAUGCCGGCUCCUGUUUUCGGGAUGAUGGGUCAGCGGAGAAGGUGGCUUAACGAGAGGCCGCGGGAGGUUGGGUGCCGGCAGGUAGCUAAACUCUGCCUGCAAUGCUUCGGGUUGCUGCCAGUCAGGGCACGGUUCCGAGCCGGCCGGGACUGACUCCGGGAGCAGCGAACAGAAAACAACCUGGCUCCAGAAAGACAAUUAACAAAGGCUGGGGACCAGCCACCCCCUCGCGGCGCACACACGCAGGCAGCAGCGUGGACAUAGCUGCGCCCGCCAGCGCCCUCGGUGGGCAGAGCCGCGCGGAGCGGCGCGGCGCGGGUGCGGGGAGCUGGGCGACGCCCCUCUCCCGCCCCAGCUGCGCUGUCUCCCGGGCGGCCAAGCUCCGUGCGUGAGCGCCGGCAGGCACCUUGCGCGCGCGGAACGUGCUGACAUGGCCAAGCAUGGAGCCGACGAGCCGUCCUGCAGGUCAGGGAGUCUGGAUGGGGAAGGCAGGGCCUCCGAGGACAGAUCGCUGCUUCGUCAGAGGUUGGCUGUCCAGGAGCUCAUCGACACUGAGGUCUCCUACUUGCACAUGCUCCAGCUCUGUGCCUCUGACAUCAGGAGCCGCCUCCAGCAGUUGCCACAGGGAGAUCUGGAUGUCCUGUUCUCAAACAUUGAUGAUAUCAUCAAGGUGAACAGCAGAUUCCUUCAUGAUCUGCAGGAGACAGCCUCCAAGAAAGAGGAACAAGUGCAGCUAGUUGGUAACUUAUUUCUGGAAUUCCAAGAGGAGUUGGAGCAAGUCUAUAAGGUCUACUGUGCCAGCUACGACCAGGCCUUGCUACUGGUGGACACGUACAGGAAGGAGCCGGAGCUGCAGCGGCACAUCCAGGGCAUCAUUGAGGCGGUGGUGCCGCAAGCUGGAUCUUCAGGCCUCAGUUUCUUGCUGGUAAUUCCUCUGCAGAGGAUCACCAGGUACCCAUUGCUGCUGCAGAAAAUCCUGGAGAACACAGUCCCUGAUGCCAGUGCCUACCCUGUCCUUCAGAGGGCUGUCUCUGCCCUCCAGGACGUGAACACCAAUAUCAAUGAGUACAAGAUGCGCAAGGAAGUGGCCUCCAAGUACACCAAGGUAGAGCAGCUGACCCUGCGGGAGCGGCUGGCCCGCAUCAACACGCACACCCUCUCCAAGAAGACCACCCGGCUGAGCCAGCUGCUGAAGCAGGAGGCGGGGCUGAUCCCCAGGACAGAAGACAAGGAAUUUGAUGAUUUAGAAGAGAGGUUCCAGUGGGUGUCUCUGUGUGUGACUGAGCUGAAGAACAACGUGGCUGCUUACCUGGACAAUCUGCAGACUUUCCUCUGCUUCAGGCCGCACGAAUACAGUCUGGACAUCCCCGAGGGGCCUGCAGUGCAGUAUUGCAAUUUGGCAAGAGACCUUCAGCUCGAGGCCUUCCUGACGUUUAAGCAACGGCUGGAAGGCCUGGUGUGGCAGCCACUGUGCAGCCUGGCCAAAGCCCUGCUUGGCCCUCAGAACCUGAUCAAGAAGCGUCUGGACAAGCUACUGGACUUUGAGCGGCUGGAAGAGAAACUGCUGGAGGUGGGCAGCGUGACCUACCAGGAGGAGGCCGCCCGGCACACGUACCAGGCACUCAACUCCCUCCUAGUGGCUGAGCUCCCGCAGUUUAACCAGCUGGUCGUGCAGUGGCUGGGCCAGAUCCUGCGCACAUUCGUGACCCUCCAGAGGGACCUUGCAAAGCAAGUGCUGCAGAGGGCAGAGGGCAGCAUGGCCCAGCUGCCCCACCACCAUGUCCCAGAGCCUGCCUUCAGGAAGCUGGUGGAGGACACACUGGGCCGGACUAGUAACCAGCUUCGCUCCUUUCAAGAGACCUUUGAGAAAGUGCUGCCACCUCCCACCACACAGCCGCUCCUUCCAGGGUCUGAACGCCAGGCGCAGGCUCUCCUGAGCAGGUAUGGCCCUGGGAAGCUGUACCAGGUGACAAGCAACAUCAGUGGAACUGGGACUCUGGACCUGACUCUGCCUCGGGGCCAAAUUGUGGCCCUCCUUCAAAACAAGGACACCAAAGGCAACAACAACCGCUGGCUGGUGGACACCGGGGGACAUCGUGGGUAUGUGCCAGCUGGGAAACUGCAGCUGUACCAUGUGGUCCCCAGUGCAGAGGAGCUCAGAAGGCAGGUGGGGCUGAACAAAGAUCCCCGAUGUCUAACACCGGAGCCCAGCCCAGCUCCAGCGCCCUCUAUUCCCACCGUGAACCAGGUCAUAGCCGUAUACCCUUUUGUGGCCAGAAGCAGCCAUGAAGUGAGUCUGCAGGCAGGCCAGCCCGUGACCAUCCUGGAGGCCCAGGACAAGAAGGGGAACCCAGAGUGGAGCCUGGUGGAAGUGAAUGGACAGAGGGGUUAUGUGCCUUCUGGCUUCCUGGCCAGGGCCCAGAGCCCAGUUUUGUGGGGCUGGAGUCUGCCCUCUUAGGGUACCCUCCGUGGAGCCCACAUUGCCAAGUGGUGGGGGAGGCUUAGAAGCUCUGACUCUGGAGGGAAAAGAAGCAAAGGAAAGGUGGAGGAGGAAGGGAAGACCAGGCCAGGGUGGGGGAAGCGCACUCAGGAGGCAGCCAGAAGACGUGGGCGGGCCUCGCAGAGUGCUUGGUGUGGUGGGGGCACAGGAGGCUCCAGCCAGGACUGCUCAUUAUGUCUGCAUAAAGAACUCAUUCCGACCUGGGGUCACAAUGCACUUGGACAGCAGGUCACAGCUGAUUGGCCAGGACUCUCCAUCGCUUAUGGCCUGUCUUAGCUGUGCCUCCAUCCGGGCCUGCCUGUGGGCAUGGGUCACACAGGAGAAUGUUACCUGCGUGCUGUGUGGUUGCAGGAAGCAGGUUCUGGAGGAGUCCAGAACUGUCUGGUCAGACGGUUCAUUUCCUACACAUGGUAUCAGGAGACAUCAUAACCAACGAGUCAGCUUUUAUUCUCUAUGCUGGAAGCUGAGUUUAUCUUGGGCAGCGACCCACCGGGAGCCCUCUCAAGUGGGGAAGCCGUGGAUUCAUCGGUGUGGCAGAGAGGUUCCCAAGACCCUUGACUGGUCCUGGGAGUGGGUGUGACCAAGUCAUAGUUCUGGAAUGUGUGUAGGCAAAUUCAGAGGCCGUUCCAGGGAAGAGGGGAUUUUGAUGCUGUGUUAGGUGGGGUGUGUGAGGCUGUUGGCAGCAGGUGAACAGCUGCUGCUGUGUUCUCUGGACUAGGGAACAAAGGGGUAUGCAAAUCACAGGGGAAAUUCUGGGAAGGUGGUGAAAAGGCCUGGUGCGUGGGGAGGUUGGGGAAUGGCUUGCUUUACUGUUUCUGGAUAGAAGGGGAGCCAGGGGGAACUCCCGGUGGUUUUGGGUGGCCCCGGAAGUCCUGGAGGCAGCCGUGGAUGUGAUGCAAUUGCCUGUGGGACCUUAGAUGUAGGACACAACUUCAGUGUUCCAUCCAGAAAGACCUAACUCAAGGGUUGUGCUGAGAAUGACGUGAGGCUAAGCAUGCAGAGCUCCCUGUAAACUGUGAAGUGUGAUACAAAUGUAAAUGGCAGCAGUGAUCUCAGGGUGGCCCCCACCUUGCAGCCCUCCCUCAUGCCCAUGCCCAUGGCAGCAAACCUUGUUCAUCAGUAUGGUUUUCUUUCCUGUAACCCGGGAUCUAGCUUGGGGGCCUUCUCUGUACUGCAUUCUACGUAGCCAGCCUCUUCAGCUUGGUAAGUGAGCCACUCCAUUCUGGAACCUGGAAAUUGGAGCCUCUCAAAAACAGUUCCUGUUCAAGGAGGACUGACCCGCUGGGGCAAUGUUGGGUGCAGUGCAGUCACUGCUUGGGGUUGUCAUAUCUAGGCUAUUGCUCUGGGCAAAGAUAAACUGCAAGAUUCACAGAAAUGGGAAAAGGUGACCAAGUGUGAUCUUAUACAACUGACAAAGUUUGUAACCAACCCAAGAUAGAAUGUGUGUUGAACAGGAGGUAGUUUAGAUAUAUUUCCAAGAACGUGUCUAUGUUAUAACCAUAGUGCCUAAGCAGUGAGCUCUGGUUUUUGAAGGGCUUUUAAGAAAUAUAUACAUGUCUGUGUCAGACAGUCUAUAACUUGCCUCCUCUGGACCUGUUAAAGCACGAAGACUGCGUGAUACAAGAGAAAUGCAGCCCCUACAGUUCCUUUCUCAGCAGCGAAUUCACUUUAGAGGAUGCUCUUGACUCAUUCUCCCUGCUCUUUCCUGCUCAGAUUUCUGAUAAAAAUAAAAAGCAUAGGGGAACAGAUAAUGAAAUAGGAAACCCAUUCGUGGGUUCCACAGCUACCUACCAAGGGCCUACUGUGUGCUAGAAUUGUAGCUCAUGGGUUCUCAAUGUAGCUGCUCACUGAAGUUACCAUGACAGGUUUCAACUGGCAGAAUCCAUGCUCCCUCCCACCUAGAGAUGCUGAUGAAAUUGGUUUAGGGUGUGGUUGGGCCUCAGGAAUUCAGAAAACUUCCCAGGUGCUUCUAAUGUGCAGCCAGGGUUAAGGACCUCUACGCUAGACACAAAGUAUUGGACAGAUAGACCUGGGGCCAGAGAUGGCCAUGAGCUGUAAGCUAGGAUGUCCCCCAACUGAGCUCUGCACUAGCUAGUUCAAACAGGCGCUUUAGAGGCAGUGUGAAAGGGGACAGCCUGUUCUGUCAGGUCUCAGAAUGUAUAUUUAUUAAGUGCCAUUAAAAGGGACCUGAACAAAAUUGGAUGUCUUGUAGGCAAAAGGGAGGAAAAUAAAAUAUACUUGGAACCAAGUCUAUGUCAUGAAGGGAAAAUAAAAAUGUAUUCAGUAGCAUGUGGGUUAUGGUUUCUCAUAGACCAGGGGAUAAGAUUAAAAGUCACUGAAGAGUGGGAAAAUGCAUAUUGAGAAGAUGAGAAUGGCCUGUAUUGUCUCCAGGGGAAUCUGUGUAAUAUGCCUUUUCCCUCUCCAAAUGCCUAGAACCACGGCACUGUGUCUUAUUUAUUUCACUGUUGGGCUGUCACAUACUAAACUUGCAAAGAUGUUUGCCUAUGAACUGAACAAGACUUCCAGGAGUUGAAGUCUGAUUCACAAGGGUACCCCUUGCCUUCCAUGAUGGAGUGAGAACUCUUAAACCCCUCAGGCCCCAAUUCAGUUGUGGACAUGAGGACAAGAUUACAAUAUCAAAAGAAAGAUGAAUGAAUGCUUGGUUAAUAUGACGAGCACCAGCUCAACGAGUAACUGAUGUGAACUGCCGGGAAUAAAGGACUUCAAAGAUGGAAA